AAUAGUGAAAAAACUGGCUAAAUACAUAGAAAACGAAAAGCCAUGUUCGGUGUUCGGUAUUCGGCCAAGUGUUUCAUUUUUAUUCGGCUUCGGCCAAGAAUUUUCAUUUGGGUGCAUCCCUAGCCUUGAGGGUGAGUAAACAUGGGGAAAUUUCGAUUUGCUAGUAAGGUAUCCUUUUAAGACCACGGAGCCGUGUCGAGCAGUUCUUUGAUGGAUGGAUGCCCUUUUUGGAGCUUCAAAAACUCGCCCCCUAUUCACUCCCAUUCUGAAGCUUGAACGACCCAGGAUACGUGGUAUUACAACUCCGACUGCAUAUGUCAUGUGGAUAGACAGAGGUUCAGAUAUUUAACUGAAUUUUUAACUAUCCAAGCUUGUGUCACGUUGCUCAUGCGGCACGUUGAUGGGAGACAUUAGAAGUGGAUAUUUAACUUUGAAAACCACGAAAAGAGGCUGACAGAAAGAACAUUCAUUCUCAUCCGCUCCCCGACCUCGGCUUUCCAUCUUUUCCACAUGACUGGGUUAUGCAGCAGCCGUGACCAGCAGACCAGCACCUGUGUUCUUGGUUGAAACAAGAUGUCAUCGGCCAAUGUGAAUGGAGUCAGCGGGUCUAGCAAUAACAGAGAGAAGACAUAUAAAAAGACUACUUCAUCUACCCUGAAAGGAGCUAUCCAGCUGGGCAUCGGUUACACAGUGGGGAACCUGACCUCAAAACCUGACCGAGAUGUGCUCAUGCAGGACUUUUAUGUGGUGGAGAGCGUGUUUUUACCCAGUGAGGGAAGUAACCUGACUCCAGCGCACCAUUAUCCAGACUUCCGCUUCAAAACAUACGCGCCAUUGGCUUUCCGUUACUUCCGGGAGCUGUUCGGAAUCAAGCCAGAUGAUUACCUGUAUUCUAUCUGUAAAGAGCCUUUGAUCGAGCUGUCUAACCCGGGCGCCAGCAGUUCACUCUUCUACCUGACGAGCGAUGAUGAAUUUAUCAUCAAAACCGUCCAGCACAAAGAAGCUGAGUUUCUGCAGAAACUGCUUCCGGGAUACUACAUGAACCUCAACCAGAACCCAAGGACUCUCCUACCCAAGUUCUACGGGCUGUACUGCGUCCAGUCGGGAGGGAUGAACAUUCGUGUCGUGGUUAUGAACAACGUUCUACCACGAUCUUUAAAGAUGCACUACAAAUAUGACCUGAAAGGCUCUACGUACAAGAGGCGGGCGUCUCGUAAGGAGCGAGAAAAAUCCAGUCCCACGUAUAAAGACCUUGACUUUGUGGACAUGCACGAGGGCUUGUACUUUGACCCAGAGACAUACAAUGCCUUGAUGAAGACGCUACAGCGAGACUGUCGGGUGCUGGAGAGUUUUAAAAUCAUGGACUACAGUCUGCUGCUGGGGGUGCACGUGCUGGAUCAGGGUAACAGACUCAGAGACGGAUCGGAUUGGAAGAGAACUUUAACACAGAAAGUUCUGUACUCCACAGCCAUGGAGUCCAUUCAAGGAGACGGCAAAGCUAAUGAGGCCUUGACCGCCGACAACACAAUGGGAGGAAUUCCUGCAAGAACAACCCGAGAUGACAAGCUACUCAUUUUUCUGGGCAUAAUUGACAUCUUACAGUCUUACAGGUUCAUUAAGAAGUUGGAACACUCGUGGAAGGCUCUGGUCUAUGAUGGUGAUACCGUGUCUGUGCACAGGCCGAGUUUCUAUGCAAACAGGUUUCUGAAGUUCAUGAGCAGCAGAGUAUUUCGGAAGACCAAUGCAAACCGCUAUUCCCCGAGCAAAAGGCCGAGGAACUCCAUACCAGCACUGAAGUUCUCCUCUCAGGAGGUUCUGUCAUCACAGAAGGAUGAGAAGCGGGAGGAGAGAAUCGACAGACUCGGAGGAGCUCGUAGUCUAGCUAGUCUUGAUGGACCAGCAUUCUGGUCCUCUAACCGUCCCGACCUGGUCCCUCAAACACCCUACCAGUAUGAGGCCACUUCCACGCGCCACAACCUCCCCCCGCCCUCCAUUUAUGUGACAGAUCGCUACCUUGAGGCCAGAUCCAAACAAAGACGUGCCAUUGGUUCAACCUUUACAUUGGAGGACAGCGCCAUCUGUCUGACAUCUGAGCAAAGCACCAUGGAAAUAGAUAGAGAUGAUGACUCCGUACUGGAUGUCUAUUUUUGAGGACCAACAUGAGAUUAACCUCUCAUCUCUUCACAUCACCUGCUUCUGUAGUCCUCUGGAUCUUCACGUGCCGACAGCGCCCCCUGCUGCCAAACCAAACCAAGAAGCCAAUUCGCAGACAUUCGCCAAUAAACCAGCAGCUGCAAUCAUGCGUAUCUGUACUGUACAUCACAUCACAUUUGCAACUUCAUGGACUGGGAAAACGUGCAUGUGACGUGCAUCGCGUAGUAGUGCCAAGAGCUAAUCUAAACUCAUGAGAUUUUAUCUUCACGGAUGCCAUUAACCAAAUGCUGAUUGUGCUUUUGUAGUCCACCAUUGCUUUUGAGAGGCAAAUGAACUUUACAGAUCAUCACGGCAGCUCUGGGGUCAGACGUGACAUCGUUCUUCAUUUAAGAGACAUGCAAUAAAUACGCUCCUUUGAUAUGCAAAGAAACUUUAUAAACAGCUCUCCGCCAUACCUCCUUAGUAUCUAGAUUUUAGUGGCCUAGAUGCAGUGCUCGGUGACUUUAGGUAACAAAGCUGUUCAUAUAUUUUGUAAAUGUGCAAUUUUCAUACAUCACACAUGUGUGGUAGCCCUCCUCACUGGAGUAAUAAUCUUGACAUUUUAAUUCCCAGGAAACAGUUUGUAGAGGAAAAUCUAUGUGUGACUUGAAGAGCACAAACACACUUUGUACUGUAAAUGUAUGUAACUUUCAAUGUAUAGCUAAUUUAUUCUGGUACGUCAAAAAAGAAUUCACGUCAACAGAGCAUCAUUUACACUUUUCAUAGAUGCCAGAAUGUUUUAUGCUUAAAUGCAGAUGAGCAGAUAGACUUUCAGGUGGGGAUGGGAGAGUUUCACACGUGCAUUCUCUCAGGAAAUCUGCUUCCUAGAGGUCCAAAAGAUUGCUGAUGUUAGACGCUAAAGUGCUUUAUGAUUUUAAAUGCCAUGUCAGAACCGUCUUUUAAAUAUUAUUGCACGUUUUGUUUGUUUUGAGGCCAUAAUUUAUUAAAUCAUAUAAAUGAACGUUCUGUUGAACAGAUUGUAUCUCAUAGUGAUUGUAUCUGCUUCUCAAAUUUGUCAGGGUUUAAUAUCUCUAUACCUUAAAGGGAUGGUCAAAUCACAAAGUUGCAAUCAAAAUCUGUAUAUGACUCUUUCUUCUGUGGAACAUAGAAGAAGAUAUUUUGAGAAAUGUCAAUUGGGGAAUUGAAGUCAAUGGGGGUCAAUGUUGUUUGGUUACCAACAUUCUUCAAAAUAUCUUCUGUGGUGUUCUGCAGAUGAAAUAAAGUCAUACAGGUUUGGAAUGAGGGUGAAUGAAUGAUUUAAUAAUUUUCUUUUUUGGGUAAACUAUGCCUUGACUCGGGAACCCAGUGAUUUUGAAGGUAUUGCAGAAGGUUUGCCAACAGUUCAGAAGAUUUCUACGACGAUAUUUCAUAGUUUCUUAAUUGAUUUAAAUAAAACAUAUAAAAAAUAAGGUAAAAAAAGGGAUUUCAAAAUUGCAUUUGUGCUAAGUCUAUUGAUUAAGUUUUAGUAAUGGACUAAAAAAAUAACCUCUGAUGUUAUGAUGUUGCAUAAAAAUGCUUUUUCUAUAAGGCUGGUA